GGAAUGAAAUUCUCAGAUCCAACCCAAUAUAAUAUACAUUUUUCAAAGCACAGUAUAAUGAAGGCAUGUAAAUGCUUUCGGUGUGGAAAGUACUUCAGAUACAAAUCACAACUCCUUGUGCACCAAAGGAUCCACACAGAGGAGAAGCCCUUUGAAUGCUCAGAGUGCGGGGAGAGAUUCAGUCACCGUAGCACUCUUCAACAGCAUCUAAGAACCCACACAGGGGAGAAGCCUUUUGAAUGCUCAGAGUGUGGGAAGAGCUUCAGUCAGAGUAGCAAUCUUAAAAUUCAUCUAAGAACGCACACAGGGGAGAAGCCUUUUCAAUGCUCAGAGUGUGGAAGGAGAUUCAGUCACAGUGGCAAUCUGCAAAGUCAUCUACAAACCCACACAGGUGAGAAGCCUUUUGAAUGUUCUGAGUGUGGGAAGAGAUUCAGUUGGAUUGGCCAUCUUCAACAUCAUCAAAGAACUCACACAGGAGAGAAGCCUUUUGAGUGCUCAGAGUGUGGGAAAAGAUUUACUCACAGUGGCACUCUUCAAAAACAUAUAAGAACCCACAUAGGAGAGAAACCUUUUGAAUGCUCAGAGUGUGGGAAGAGAUUCAGCCACAAUGGCCAUCUUCAGAGUCAUCUAAGAACUCACACAGGGGAGAAGCCUUUUGAGUGCUCAAGGUGUGGGAAGAGAUUCAGUCAGAGUAGCAGUCUUCAAAGUCAUCUAAGAACCCACACAGGGGAGAAGCCUUUUGAAUGCUCAGAGUGUGGAAAGAAAUUCAGUCACAGUGGUCAUCUUCAAAGUCAUCGAAGAACCCAUACAGGGGAGAAGCCUUUUGAAUGCUCAAAGUGUGGGAAGAGAUUCAGUGAGAGUAGCAGUCUUUAUGGUCAUCUACGAACCCACACAGGAGAGAAGCCUUUUGAAUGCUCAGAGUGUGGGAAGAGAUUUUGCCGCAGUGGCAGUCUUCAACAACAUCAAAGAAUUCACACAGGGGAGAAGCCUUUUGAAUGCUCAGAGUGUGGAAAGAAAUUCAGUGACAAUAGCAGUCUUCAAAGACAUCUAAGAACCCACACAGGGGAAAAGCCUUUUGAAUGCGCAGAGUGUGGGAAAAGAUUCAGCCGCAGUUGCUAUCUUCAACAACAUCAAAAAACCCACACAGAGGAGAAGCCUUUUGAAUGCUCAGAGUGUGGAAAGAGAUUCAGUCAGAACGGCAAUCUUCAAAGUCAUCUACAAACCCACACAGGGGAGAAACCUUUUGAAUGCUCACACUGUGGGAAGAGAUUCAGUCGGAGUGGCAAUCUAAUACAGCAUCAAAGAACACUCAAAGGGGAGAAGCCUUUUGAAUGCUCAGAGUGUGGGAAGAGAUUCUGUCACAGUAGCAGUUUUCAAAGUCAUCUAAGAACCCACACAAGGGAGAAGGCUUUUGAAUGCUCAGAAUGUGGGAAGAGAUUCAGUGACAGUAGUAGUCUUCAAUGUCAUCUAAGGACCCACACAGGGGAAAAGCCUUUUGAGUGCUCAGAGUGUGGGAAGAGAUUUAGCCGCAGUAGCCACCUUCAUCAACAUCAGAGAACCCACACAGGGGAGAAGCCUUUUGAAUGCUCAGAGUGUGGGAAGAGAUUCAGGGACAGUAGCAGUCUUCAAAAACAUCUAAGAACCCAUACAGGGGAGAAGCCCUUUCAAUGUUCAGUGUGUGGGAAGAGAUUCAGUUGGAGUGGAAAUUUUCAUAGUCAUCUACGAACACACACAGGGGAGAAGCCUUUUGAAUGCUCAGAGUGCGGGAAGAGAUUCAAUCACAGAAGCAGUCUUCAAAGUCAUCUACGAAUCCACACAGGGGAGAAGCCUUUUGAAUGCUGA